CACGGCCACAUUCACGUCCGCACUAGAAAUUCCUGCGCCAGGAGCCCUUCCUCGGCCCAAGUCGCCGGCUCCUUCGGGGAACAGGAUGAGUCAUGAGCCUUCGAAGACUACCCUUCAGGCCGACUCUACCACCAGCGGGAAGCGCGCUCCGCGGAAAUCUAAAUCUGACGCGUUGGCCGCCUUGAUGCGUGCUUCAUCGCCUCCACUCUCAACCUCAACCACUUCUGCUCAAGCCCGCCCUUCCAAACCGGACAUGGCAAAGAAGCAGCAAGUAAUAAGCCCACCGCUCGACUUUGCCACCGUUAGAACGACGCCACUGGUCGAUCCAGCUAAACCCGGACCGCCUCGAGCAUUCGGCCUGGAAGAUGCUCCAGCAUAUUUCCCAACCCUCGAACAGUUCAGGGAUCCGUUAGCAUACAUUUCAUCUAUCUCUGAAGAGGCACAAAAGUGUGGCAUUGUGAAGAUCAUCCCCCCUAAUGACUGGAAGAUGCCGUUUGUCACUGAUACGACAACCUUCCGCUUCAAGACGCGUGUACAGCGUUUGAACUCGAUUGAGGCAUCAUCUCGUGCCAAGAUCAAUUUCCUCGAACAAUUGUAUCGGUUUCAUGAACGAACCAGCAUUCGCCCAACUGUUCCCACUAUAUCUCAUAAGCCUCUUGACUUAUGGGUCUUGCGGAAGGAAGUGCAUAAGCGUGGAGGAUUUGAACAUGUCAAUCGUAACCGUCUUUGGGGUGAUAUAAGCCGUGUUAUGGGAUAUGAUGGUCUCGUAGGCGUCACGACUCAGCUCAAAAACGCUUUCUCAAGAAUCAUCCAUCCCUUCGACACUUUUGUCUCCCAAGUUCGAGGCACUGCUCUUCCUGGAACGAAUGGCAACCAAGAGGCAUCUAAAUAUUCUACUAGGAGCGCACGGAAUGUUUCUCAGCCUCCUGUGACCUCUCGAAUGGGUGCCAAGUAUGGCAGUACGUCUACAACUCCCCCCCGUGGCCAAAAUGGCCCAGACAGUGGACCGGUUAGUGCGGGCUCCAAGUCCCUCAGUCCUAUGCCUGCGGAUGGCCUCUCAUCCCCCAAAGCGCAAGUCAACGGUCGGAAGAGCAACACACCACCUCUCACGCCACAACCAUCAUCGGAAUUGUCAAGUGUGCCAUCUUCCGCAUCGGUAAUCUCGAAACUAGAAGACACUGUUGAACUACCUUUUGGCGAUUAUUGCGAAGUGUGCAAAGGUUUGGACAAUGACGAAAAAAUGCUCCUUUGUGAUGGCUGCGAGCGUGGUUUUCAUACAUAUUGCUUGGACCCACCUUUAGCAGCCAUCCCCAAGGGACAAUGGUAUUGCCAUUCCUGCGUUUUCGACACUGAUUAUGGUUUCGACGAAGGCGAAGAUCACAGCCUCUUGAGUUUCCAAGCUCGUGCUAGCGGCUUCCGCAAAAAGUGGUUUGAAAAACAUAAGUCUGCAGUUUCUGGGGGCUCAGGGGAGGUCACAGCCGAAGAUGGCGUCUCGGAACGAGAUGUAGAACUCGAAUUUUGGAGAUUGGUCGAGUCACCGAAACAUACAGUCGAAGUCGAAUAUGGCGCCGACGUUCACUCGACAACGCAUGGGAGUGCCAUGCCAACGAUGGAGACCCAUCCGCUAAAUCCUUACAGUCGUGACCCAUGGAACCUCAACAACAUCCCAAUCCUUCCUGACUCCCUUCUUCGUUACAUCAAGUCAGACAUUUCCGGUAUGACAGUUCCGUGGACUUAUGUUGGGAUGUUGUUCUCGACUUUCUGUUGGCAUAACGAGGAUCACUAUACCUACAGCAUCAACUAUAUGCAUUGGGGUGAAACGAAAACGUGGUAUGGCAUACCCGCAGAGGACGCUGAGAAGUUUGAGACCGCUAUUAAGAAAGAGGCUCCAGAUCUUUUCGAAGCUCAGCCGGAUCUGCUUUUCCAGUUGGUCACUUUGAUGCACCCGGAGCGUAUACGGGAAGCUGGAGUUCGCGUGUGCGCGGUUAAUCAGCGGCCAGGAGAAUUUGUUAUCACCUUUCCCCAGGCUUAUCAUGCUGGAUUCAAUCACGGGUUCAAUUUCAAUGAAGCUGUUAAUUUUGCGCUUCCUGCUUGGCUUCCUUUUGGGUAUGCAUGUGCACGACGCUAUCGGGAGCACCAGAAAGUCCCGGUGUUCUCCCACGAUGAGCUCCUGCUGACUAUCACCCAAUACUCGGAUACCGUCAAGAGCGCUACUUGGGUCCACGAUAGCUUGCAGGCCAUGACUGAUCGUGAACUCAAGCUUCGGAAGGUGGUUCGCGAAUUAGUUGUCGGUUCAGAUGAAGUCUACGAUCCUCAUGACAAGCCUGAGGAGCAGUACCAGUGUUCCAUCUGCAAAUCAUUUUGUUACUUGUCCCAAGUCACUUGCACUUGUUCGACGUUGGUGGCCUGCUUGGACCAUGCGAAGUCCUUCUGCAUAUGCAUCGAUCCCCUGCUUCGUAAAACUACGCUACGGACCCGCUUCACGGACGAGGAGUUGCGUGAAACUCUCGGGCAGAUCAAGAAAAAGCGUGAUCUCCCCCAAAGUUGGGUUGGAAGACUUCAUCUCGCCUUGGAGGAAACGCCACAACCGUCGUUGCGGACCUUGAAGGCUCUGCUUCAGGAGGCCGAAUCAACUGGCUUGCCUCAACAAGAUUUGUACAAUCUGCAAAACUUUGUCAACCGUGCCAAUGCAUGGGUUUCCCUUGCUUCGCAAUUCAUCGCCAAGAAGUCCAUACCACGGAAGCGCGCGAGGAAGAGUCGCGGCCCUGACCCCCCUGCCCCUGACCCCACGCCGGAGCCCGCAUUCGUGAUAUCGGACGCAUACGAUUUGCUCAAGGAAGCAGAUACUCUCGGAUUCGAUUGCCCAGAACGUUCCCAGUUGGCUAACAUCAUCCAGGAAGUCGAGGAUCUCCGAGCGAGGGUCUCUGCUGCCCUGGCUCUUCCUGAGAAGGACCGCAAGAUCGAGGAAUUUGAAGUCAUGCUAAGCGACUGCAAAUCUAUGCCAAUGAAGGUGCCCGAGUUAGCAGACCUGGAAGCUGCCGUUUCCUUCUUGCAACUCCUUCGCGAACUUGACGAGGUUGAUGAUAAUACACUUACUCUCGACUACGUUGAGGAGUUACUGGGACGCGCGCGUGCCAACAACAUGGAACCCCACCACGAUUAUUAUGUUGAGCUCGAAAAGAAGCAGACGCUCGGUCGUCAGUGGAAGCAAGAUGCAGCCAAUCUUCUUGCUCGACGGCCUAUGCCGAUUCAGGAACUCGCCAAGAUCGCUGUGCCUCCUCCUGGGACUCCCACUGUGACGAAGACUUGUAAAACAAUGACGGCUAUUUGGUCCCGUGCGAAGGAGUAUGAACGUCAGGCUAAGGCAAUGCUAUCAACUGUUCGUGAUCGAAGGACUACACCAGAGGAAGCACUUUCCCUUAUUGAAAAGUCAGGGGAUUUCGCCAUUCCUUCCGUCGAAGAGCUCCGGGCUGUUGCCAAUCGUGCUAAGGUGUUUUCUGAGCUUUAUCAAGCAAUAGCACAAGGCACCUAUACUGGCACAGACGGCCAUCCUUUGGAGAGUUUGCUUGACGAUUUGUUGGCUUGGCGAACGGAGAUACGCCAGGACCUUUCAAUGAUGAACAUCGAGGCAUUCACUCUCGUAGAUGAAAGCUUCGCUGCACACGAGUCGUGGUUGCGGUCGCAUCCCUGGUACAGACCUGUAUCUGCGUUCCCUUCAAAUUCGAUCGAAACAUUCAGGGAGGCAUUUCAAGUCCUUCAGGAUGUCAUUUCUGAGACUCGAACAUUCGAUGAAGAUAUCCCCGGACCUGACUGCACAUGCAUCUGCACUGACCCGGUUCGAAUAAGCUCUGGCCCCGAUGCUCCCAGCGCCGUCCAAUGUGAUUCAUGUGGGGCAAAGUUUCAUUCGGUAUGCAUGACGGGGUCGUGUCCCUUCUGUGAUGUUCAGCAUUGGGACGGUCAAACAAAUCAGAUGCGUAAUUUUUCAUUGCAAGAUCUUCUCGUUAUCGCGAAGGCCGCGCCCGAACUCUCAAAACAUUAUUCCGCUUAUCAUCAACUCCUCAAUGCAAUAAUCACAAGCUGCACCAGAUUUGCCAAGAACAUUGAUGCUUUCCUGCGCCAAAUUAGACCGGUUUCUGCUGCUGACACGACCAAAGUUAUUCCCCAAAUCCGUCAUAUCAUGCGGAAACUUUAUGUCAUUCGAUUCCGGAUCAAUGUCAACAAGCCCAAAUCAAACUACGGUGCAGAAUUAGCUGUUCUUCACCGCUCCUUGGCUGGGAAAUCAACUUUGGACAAUCAUGCGUCCAGACCAGCCACUCAUUCCUCCUACACAUCACCGCGCGACUCGCCGUAUGGUGGUCCCGUGCCCGACAUGUCACCUCACGGAGUCAUGCCUAUCGGCACGCCAAUCCGAACACUUUCAUCGUCGACAACGCAUGACAAGAACCGAUGGCAGAUGGCACGCCCAAACAGAGUUGAGCCAAGACAACCUCUGCUCUCGUUCCGGUGUGAGAUUGCAACACCAGGCGUUGAUGGCUGCCAGUGCGUAUGCGAAGGGGAAUACGAAAGCUCUCCGAGGAACCCAGCGCUAGAUUGUCAUUAUUGUCGUCGGAAGUAUCAUCAUAACUGCGUAGUAGUCCAAGGCUCUUCCAUAAAUGUAUUGCCUUUCAUUUGUCCAGUAUGUUGCGUUUCAAAGGGAUCUGAGUACCCUGAGCGAGAGGUGCGAAUUCGGCACGACGGCCUUCAGCCAAAUGAAUAUGUAGAUUUUGUCAGCUGGUUCAUGUGGCGACGGCAAACUAUGCCCACAAAGACCCUUCUUCCGCCAAAUCCGAUGCGACCUGUCAUCAUUCUUCAUCUCAUGUCCUAUACCUUCCAGUCAGAUGACAACGCCGAUUUCCAAGGGUCAGCUCAGUCAUCAAAAGCCGCCAGACCAGGCCGACCUCCUCUAAAGAAACCUGCUAUCACUAAGAAUCGACCAGUAGACUUGGGCUCCCCAAUAGAUUCUCUCGGAGACAGUCCGAACCCUAUCAACGGGGCGGUUGCACAUGUAGAUGUGAUCGAUCCAUCGUUGUCAAGAUCUCCGGAACGCAUCAGACCCCCUUCUCCAUCAUCUGCACGAAUCACUAUUGAUGCCCUUCGAAACAGUCUCCCCCCGCCAUCGAAUCAUAGCGUCGAUCGCUCACCGAGUAUCCGGAGCGCCUCUCGUGCUGUUCCCACAACGCCCGAGCGAGAAAGAGAAUAUUCAGACGAUGUUGGAACCAGAAACAGUGAAGUCUCCACUCCCGUGCACCUCAGUCGGAAACGAAAGGCUCCGAACGAUGUUAGCCAUUCCCCUAAUUCGCCGCCCGUUAACGGGAAUACACUGGAACGGCGUGGCUCUCCCAUCAACGUUGACGAAUACGACGAUACAAAUUCUCGGCCUUCCAAUAGCGAACAGCCCCAGAAGAUAAGACGACUGGGUCCUGUUGCUGUUGAGGCACUUCUCACAUAGUCCCUGUUACAGUGUUCCCACUUCUCUCACUCUUUGAAUCUCUGUUUUUCUUCUUUAUAUAAUUUUGCUAACAACAUUAUUCUGUCGAACCAAGGGAUUUAGUGUACACAUCGCCUAUGUUUGUAUUGCAAUAUGCCUAAUGUCAGAAUAAAGGAUUUAGCUGAGGACCGGUAAAUA